UAGGAAGUGAAGAGAGGAGGGGAAGGAAGAGAGGGUAGGUAAGGGAAGGAGGAGAGUGUGUAAGGGAGGGGGAUGCUAUUGCAGUGAUUUAAAAACUUAAUUGUUUGGGAUUUCUAAGCCGGUGCAAGGCAAGUAGGCAGAGUCUGUACAGGCUUCUUUUCUCCUUUCUCCCUGCAGCGUGGGGGGCACAUUCUGUGAAAGUCAGGAGAGGCAGGGGGGAGUGAGACUUCUCACUUAGGGGCAGUCUGGAGGCCGGAUUUGUCCUUAGUGACUUUUUGAGUUGGGUUUAUCGAGGAUCACCAGACAAUUUUCCCACUAAGCAGUUGGACGCACGCUGACUCUCACCUGUACUCAUGGAGGGGGCAUCAGUAGCUAACCUUUAAGUCUUUCAAAACUAUUUUUCUGGACUUUGCCUUGAAGAACACAAAGUGCAGUCCCCUGUGUGGAUGAAUCAUGAGGUUAUCAGUGCCCUGCUACUCUAGUUGGCAUAUUCUGCUCUACCUCUGUGCCCUGCUGGACAAAGGUUGUUGCACAUGGACAUCUGGCACUCAAUACCGAUAUUCACCAGCACUGCAAGUCAAAACCAGGGAAUCCCUCACAACCCCCAGAAGGAACUGGUGCUCUGUACCCAUCAGUCGGACAGUGUCCUGCCAAGUUCAGAAUGGCACUUUCCUGCAGAGAGUGUACCAGAAUUGUCACUGGGCAUCAGGCUGCUCUGGGGGAAGUUACAGGACAGUUGUCCGACCAACUUAUAGACUCAGCUAUAAGUCGGUGACUGCAUUGGAAUGGAGAUGCUGCCCAGGAUACAGAGGAACUAACUGUGAGGAGGGCCCUGGGUCCCUGGCAGAUGUAGAGGAAGCUCCGCGUAUCCGGACUACCUUACAUAAAUUGUCCACUAGGGAAGGGGGCAGCUUCUCAGGAUGCCUGAACUGCAGUCAGAUUCCAGAGUUAAGUGAGCGCCUAAAUUCUUUGGAAGCUAAGGUUGCAACGAUCAUAGCAUCUGAUAUUACACAAGAGAUGGGAUCACCAUCUGGGCUAUUGGGAAGCACACCAGCACGUGGUAGUCCUGGGGAGGUGGGCAUGAAGGCAUCCAUGGCACAGCUGGCAAAAGGCUCCUUUUUGGCUCAGGAAGGUAGUAACACACGGAAGGCCACUAUACGGCCUAUAGGUACCCCUGGAAACCAGUGGUCACCUGGAAUAAAAGGUCCAGCUGGACCUCCAGGUCCCCCUGGCCCCCCUGGACGGGAUGGUCCUGCAGGUUCUCCUGGUGAGAGAGGCCCUCCUGGGCCAUCAGGCAUCCCUGCUUCAGCCAUGCAGAGACAAGUGAAUCAGGACCUCUUUAAUUCAAAUCACUUUGCUGAAAAUGGGGGACACAAUAUCCAGGGGCCCAGAGGACCUCCAGGUCCGACAGGGCCACCAGGACCACAGGGACAAACUGGACCACCUGGACUUAUGGGAAAAGACGGGUUACCAGGACGACCAGGUAGAGAUGGUCUUGGAGGAGAGAAAGGAGACACUGGUCCAGCUGGCCAGGAUGGAGAGCCUGGGGCAAAAGGGGACAUGGGUCCCCCGGGCCAGAAAGGUGAACCGGGAGAGAGAGGGGAGCCGAAACUGACGCAGGCUCUGGAACAGAACCAACACCAACGGGCAGUAGUGGAUUCUAUCGUGGAAGGCGCAAUGGCCCAUCGCUUUACAAAGUUUUGCCAUCACAGAAUGAUGAAGAGGAAGAUGAGAGCUAUUGAUGGUUUCCUCCAUGGUGCCAUUAACAACCUAAUUAGGUUAAUCUACCCUAUGUGGUUCUAUUUGUGCCUUAUUUCUAUUCUUUUAAAGAGAAAUAUGGAGGCCCACCGUUUUCUCCAAGCAGUUUUCAUGAAACACCUCUCAGGCCUGAACAUUAGGACAUUACCACAUGAAUACACAUGAAUUACCCAUGUUUCGUUGUUAUAUCAUAUCUGUGCUCAAGCAGGACAUGUAUAGGAAUCUAGGCCUGUUGUGGGUUAUCUGCAUAUUGGAUUGAAAAUAAUACAUUUUAUGUUACCUGGAAAACCCUCAGUACACCGGCACAGUGAAUUGCUGGCACUGUGAAAAAAUGGAUUUAGUUUGAUUACUGUAUCCAAAUCAGUCCUAUUGGGAGUCUAUAGGUGAGAAUAUUGAAAGACACAGAGCCAUAUGAUCCUACAAUUUUGGCCCGCAAAAAUGUAAUUGAAGCCUUUCAUAUUUUAAACAGUGAGAACAGAUUGGAAAAUCAUCAUUCAACUUCUUCCAAAAGUUGCUUGUUGUACUUACUAUGAAAUAAUUAGUCCGGUUAUCUAUAUGGGUAUCCAAGUGGUUAUCAAACGCCCAGGUCACAGCCAACAUUAUGCACUAUGAUCAAAAAGUGAAAUGCUGGUGAACAUAUAGUUACUGCAAGUCGUGUACUAGUGAUCACUUGACUGAAUCAUUUCUACCAUUUAAGCAGAAUAAACAUGCCACUAGAAAACCUCAGGAGCAUGUAUUUGGUACUAUAACACACUUGAACUUUCAGAAGUAAAAAACCCCCAGCUACAACUGAAUGUUCUUGUAAAUGGAAUCUGUGUAUCCUGAUGUUUAUUCCAGCAUCUCAUAGCCAAACUGGAAUUCCACACUCUAGUUCUGAAGACAGUGCACAUAUAGAGAAGAGAGGGAAGCAUUUGGUGGUAAUAUAUAAGUAUUUAAUUACAAAUGUACAGUACAUCAUCACUUACUAUGGUAAGAAUCAGUUUGACUGUUGGUGGUUACCUUGGAGAAUUUCACCAAGAACAGAUGGAAAGAAAAUUCCAGCAUAUCACUAACACUCAGGGAGAAAGUAAAAAAAUAAAUUGUUUUUCCAUUCCAGCAACCUGUCGCAAAAUUACAAAGGCAUUUCACACAAGGGGGUACCCUCUCAGUGGCAUCAUGAAGACUACAGCAGCUGGAACACAGGAGACGAAACCACAGAGGAUGCCCUCAGUUGUGUGUAACAUCUAUGGAACGGUGGAGCAGCAUGCUGGGAUGCAAGAACUUCUGAUUGCCUUAGUAGUGUCAGUGAUAUACCGGUCCGGGAUCAUUUCCCAGUUCUCCCAGCUGACCACCUAUGAGUAAAGUCAAUACAGGUUGAGUAUCCCAUAUCCAAAUAUUCAGAAAUACGGAAUAUUCCCGAAUACAGACUUUUUUUGAGUGAGAUAGUGAAAGCUUUCUGAUGGCUCAAUUUACACAAACUUUGUUUAAUACAGUUAUUAAAAAUAUUGUAUUAAAUGACCUUCAGGCUGUGUGUAUAAGGUGUAUAUGAAACAUAAAUGAAUUGUUGGAAUGUACACACACUUUGUUUAAUGCACAAAGUUAUAAAAAAAUAUUGGCUAAAAUUAUCUUCAGGCUGUGUGUAUAAGGUGUAUAUGUAACAUAAAUGCAUUCUGUGCUUAGACUUUCCAUCACCAUGAUAUCUCAUUAUGGUAUGCAAUUAUUCCAAAAUACGGAAAAAUCCGAUAUCCAAAAUACCUCUGGUCCCAAGCAUUUUGGAUAAGGGAUACUCAACCUGUAUAAUUCUCCCCUUACUGUAAGUGAUUCUGCACUUUUGUAAUUCUAAAUUAAAGUUUAUAAGAUAAAAAUACCCAAGAUGGGCUAAUACAUUUUGUGAUUUAUGUGAUGUUGUUUAUAACAUAAGAGAGUGUGUAAUUUUAUUAUUUGUUGUGUACACAUUUUAUUAUUUGAAAUCCACAAUGGUAAAAAACAACAACACUUUGUAUAAAUAAAUAAAACUUUUUUUUAUUGA